AGAGAGAGAGAGUGAGGGAGAGACCCUUGCGCCGGCUGCCUCGGCGGCGGAGCGCGCGCCCGCCCGCGCGCCCGGUCGCCGUUCCCCCCUCUCCUGAGGCAGGCGGGAGGAGGGGGCCCGAGAGAGAGAGAGAAAGAGAGAGAGAAGCCGAGAGAGUGCGAGAGAGCCGCUGCUUCUGCUUCUUUCUCUCCUCAGAGCCGGGCGCGUGGCUUCUUUGUGUGGUGCAGCUGGUUCUGGAGGCAGAGAGAGAGAGAGAGAGAGAGAGAGAGAGAGAGAGAGGCAAAACCCGGGGGCUUGCCAUUGGAGGGGGGUGGGGAAAGAGAGAGAGAGGACUGAGAGAAAGCUUUCGCCCCACUUCUCCAGAGGCUCCCCCUUCUUGCUCCCCCCUCACCUUCGCCUCACCUGUGCCUCUCCUUCCCCGCCUUCGGCUCACCUGCCGCUCUGCCCCUCCCCUCCCCCGUCUCUAUCAUCCCAUCCCUUGUUUGUUUUUGUUCCCCCCCCUUCUCUUUCUCCCUCCUCUUCCCUCCCUCCUUGUCCUCCAGGAAGCUUCGCCUCUUUCCACUUCUCGCAGAUUCCCAAACAACUUGAGCAACGUUCUUCCCUCCAAACCCGGGCACUUUUUUAUUUUUUUUAAUUUGGAAGGUGGAUCUAUUGAGAGCCUCUCAGAACUUCACCCCUUUUUGGACCACACGGACCUCCUCUCUUUAACUCUUCUUCCAUCCAACACCCCCUUCCUUCCCCACCCCCUGCCCCAAACAAUACCCCCCCAUCCCUUCAACAUGGAUGUAAGAUUUUAUCCUGCUGCAUCUGGAAGCUCCCUUCCUGGAGACCCUUCCAAUCUGGACUUUGCCCAGUGUUUGGGUUACUACAACUACAACAAGUUCGGCAACAACAAUAACUACAUGAACAUGGCCGAAGCCAACAAUGCAUUUCUCACUGCAAACGAGCAAACAUUCCACACUCCAAGUCUUGGAGAUGAAGAGUUUGAGAUCCCACCAAUUACUCCACCACCUGAACUGGAUCCCACCAACUUAGGAAUGGCAGAUAUACUGUUGCCAUUUCAAGGUCUAAGUGAUCAGUUGGCUGCACAAGGGAAUGAGUUCACGCCACAGUUUCCACCGCAGAGCUUGGAUCUUCCUUCCAUUACAAUAUCUCGAAAUCUUGUGGAACAAGAUGGUAUCAUCCAAAGCAAUGGGUUACAUAUGGAUCAUAGUCAUACAGAUGUGCCUCAGUAUCGCCAGGACCACUCUUUGAUUAUGAGAUCCAUUGUCCAUAUGACAGAUGCUGCUCGUUCGGGAAUUAUGUCACCUAACCAGCUGACCACUAUUAACCAAUCCCAGCUCAGUGCUCAACUGGGGCUGAACUUGAGUGGGACCAAUGUGCCACACACUUCUCCAUCCCCUCCUGCGAGCAAAUCGGCAACCCCUUCUCCAUCCAGUUCUAUAAAUGAGGAAGAUGCGGAGGACUCAAACAGGGCUGCAGGAGAAAAGAGAGCUGCCCCAGAUUCUGGCAAGAAGCCCAAGACUCCAAAGAAGAAGAAAAAGAAAGACCCCAAUGAGCCACAGAAGCCAGUGUCAGCAUAUGCCCUGUUCUUCAGGGAUACACAAGCAGCAAUUAAAGGGCAGAACCCCAAUGCUACCUUUGGAGAGGUUUCAAAAAUUGUAGCGUCUAUGUGGGAUAGCCUAGGAGAAGAGCAGAAGCAGGUAUAUAAAAGGAAAACAGAAGCUGCCAAGAAAGAAUACCUUAAGGCACUUGCUGCCUACAGAGCAAGUUUGGUUUCCAAGGCUGCUGCUGAGUCAGCUGAAGCCCAAACGAUCCGUUCUGUUCAGCAAACGCUGGCGUCUACAAACCUGUCCUCGUCCCUCCUUCUGAACGCCCCUCUCUCCCAGCACACGGCCGUGGCCACUUCUCCACAGACUCUCCAGCAGUCGCUCCCCAGGGCAAUCGCCCCCAAGCCUCUAGCAAUGCGGCUGCCCAUGAAUCAGAUAGUUGCCUCAGUCACCAUUGCGCCCAACAUGCCCACAAACAUUUCCACCUCGCUGAUAAGCUCAAUGGGAAGCAGCAUGGUGGGCACGUCGGCAUCGGCGCCCUCCCAGGUCAGCCCUUCCUUGCAGAGCCAACAGCACCAGCUGCAGCAGCUGCAGCAGAUGCAACAGCAGCAGAUGCAGCAGCAGCAGCUCCACCAGCAGCACAUGCAUCAGCAGAUCCAGCAGCAGAUGCAGCAGCAGCAUUUCCAGCACCACAUGCAGCAGCACCUGCAGCAGCAGCAGCACCUGCAGCAGCAGCUGAGCCAGCAGCAAAUUCAGCAUCAGCUGCAGCACCAGCUCCAGCAGAUGCAGCAGCAGCAGAUGCAGCACCUGCAGCAGCAGCAGCAGCAGCACCAGUCGCAGCCUUCACCUCAGCAACAUUCCCCAGUGGCCUCACAGAUCACCUCUCCGAUCCCCAGCAUCGGGAGCCCCCCGCCAGCCCCCCAACAACACCAGUCCCAAAUACAAACCCAGACACAGACUCAGCUAUUAUCGCAGGCCAGUAUUUUCUGAAGACACAUGUUGCAAAGCUGCUUUGCAUUGUGAGUUAAGCAAAGGGGGACUGUUUACGGCUGGAAACUGUACAUUGCUGAUGGUAGUUAUGCAGGGAUGCAUAACAGAUGAGUGAGCCUCUAAGCUGUCUAUUAGAUAGGCAAUAAAGAACUACAAUGUAGCUGUGUAUAUUCAUUUAGCUGACUAUAAAUAUUUGUUUCCCCCCUCUCUCUUUCCGAUCUUUUUAAAGAAAAUGCUGUGCUCUCUUGUUUUCUUUAUUUAUUUUGAGCUUUACCCAUAAUAUGUGAACUACAUAGUCUUGGAUAUGCCUGGGCAGUGAAACGAAAACAUUUUGGCCUUUUUCACAGUUCCAGAUUAAAACUGAUUAGUGAAUGCACUUCAAACCAGUUUGGGUUUUUUGGGGGUUUUUUGUUCAUGAAGUCCUAAAAAGCACAGUUGUAACUACCUGUAAAAUGUUGAUUGGAUUCCAUGCAAUCACACUCGUAUGACAUGAGUAGUUGACGGUGUUUUUCUCUGUCAUAUAUAUAAAAAUAUAAAUAUAUAUAUAAAGAUUAAUGUAAAAAUCAUAGACUUUUGCCAAAGCUCCUUUUUCUCUUUUUAAUAUGUCUCCAGAAGGGGGAGGGGGGGAAACCUGCAAGUGAAAGUUCUUAAAUAUCAGAGCCCAUCUUUACCAUCAAAGCUAUAAUUUCUCUAAACACUUACAGUGCUUUGUUACAAAAUAUAUUCUUACCCUGUUCUGUUCAUUCCAAGUUGUUGUUGUUUUUUUUAAAAAAAGAUGUGAAUAUUCUAUCCUGUGUUUGGGUGACAACUUUCAGAUUUAAUACACUGUAUUUUUUAAAAAAGGAAAUGCACUUAAAUGCACUGUUAUUACAAAAAAAAUAGGUAAGAAGGAAAAAUGUGAGUUUUUAAAAAAUAUAUGCUGUAAUACCAGUAGACUAUUUAAAAGAAUUGCUACAUCUGAAUAAUCAGUGUAAAUAUUUCCUUUAAAAAAUUGUAAGUUUUUCAUAUCAUGUGUUGUAAAGUUUUCAUAAAUGAGGCUUUAAUGUAAACACUGGUAACAUGAAUGAUUUAACUGCAA